AUGCCACGUAUUUGUGGUAGACAAAAAAAUCGAAAUAAUGUGCCUUUUAAAGAUAUUGAAGAAUUUUACAGACGUACAAUAUUUAUUCCAUACUUAGAUGAUUUGCUUUGCUCACUAAAACAACGUUUUCUAUCUCAUAAAGAUACUAUAAAGUCAUUACAGUAUGUAUUGCCGUCUUUGGCUGUUGAUAACCCCUUUUCGUGUUUAAAACCGGCUGUUCAAUUUUAUGAAGACGAUUUACCAGGUUAUCAAGAUAUUAUUGAAGCUGAAUUUACAUUAUGGCAGUCUAAGUGGAAAACAGUUGGGCCAAAGUUCAGACCAUUAAAUGCAAUUGAAACCUUAACCAACUGUGACAGCAAUAUGUUUCCAAACAUGUAUCAACUCCUUAAGUUAAUAUCAGUACUACCUGUAUCGACUGCUACUGCAGAAAGGAGUUUUUCUUCUUUGAGAAGACUAAAAACUUACCUUAGAAAUUCAACUUCAGAGUCAAGACUUGUCGGUCUCGCACUACUAUCCAUUCAUAGAGAUAUUGACAUUUCAGAUGAUCAAAUAUUGGACAAAUUUGCUAACAGCGGAAAGGCUCGAAGGUUAAAAUUGUCACUUUAA